CACGAGUUUAAAGAUGAAAUAAAUGAGAUUCUUACAGAGAAAAUGCUUCGGGGACGAAUAUGUUGUUUGUUUCGGAGUAAUCUACCCAGAGAUAAACUAAUCCCGAGGAUCAGUAGGUUUCUAGUACCCGGAGUCGAACCCGUCCCAACCCUGACUAGAACCUUGAAUACUCCUGCUGACGGAUUUGAAAGACAGGGAGCGUAUGAAGGGCCUGGGAAAACUACAGUUUCUAUUCUUAAUCAGGAGAUAACCGGAAUAAAUAUGGUUGACAGUUACUCCUCUAAUGGGUUUAGAUUAACAGAUAACAGUUUCCUAAUCGGUCCCUCGGUUAUCUUUCCUAAUACAGUGCUUAGGUGGAACAUCAACUCGGCAAAAGAAAUUUCAGAGGAGUCUCUGGCUUUAUUCACUCUCCUGGAACCUAAGAUGGAUCUUAUUGUUAUCGGGCAUGGUGAGGCUGCUUCUGUUAGAAAUCCUGUAGACGUCAAAGUCAUUUUAGCAAUGAAAAAGAAGGGGAUUGCCAUGGAGGUGUUAACCACUGAGAACGCUAUCUCCACGUACAACUAUCUCCUGGAGGAGGGUAGGGUGGUUGCUGCAGCGCUUAUUCCUCCAGCUUAUGUCAGGUUGGUUGAUGAUAGUAGCGUGAUUUCCCAGAAGAGUGUGUCUGAUGAAUUAUAUAUGCCCAACGUAAACCCAUUCGGAAUGAGUCGAGUUGAACGAAGGAAGUUUACAGCACGUAUAAUUCAAGAUAAGAGAACUGUAGAUAAAUUACUUGAGGAUAAGUAACUGAACAGUGAAUAACUUCAAGCCUUCAAUCUUCAAACAGUAAUCUCGGAAGUUAUUUGUAAAAUAUAUAUAGAUAUAUCAAAUGUUCAAUUUUUAAUUAGGAGGAUUGUCUUACCUUGGAAGCCGCCCUGCUGCUACGACGGCUUCGUGUCGAAUUCAAGGUUUCAACAGCCGUUUGCGUUUCUGCUGACACAUCAUUGUCAACAGCCUUACUUCUCCUACUACUGCUCCGGGUCGUAUUUUCGUCGGCCGUCAAAACUUCACUUCCGGCAGGGUCAGGGUUAUCUUCAACCUCCAUGGCCGUUUUGGGAGCAACUUCCUCGAGUACAACGUUAUCCUCCUGAUUUUCUGUUUCAGCUUGAGGAUUCCUAAAUCUGCCACACUUGUCAUAUUCUUUGAGCUGUGUGCUCAAAGAAUAUGACACAAAAAUUAUUCAUAUGAAUAAAUCUGCGACUUAAA